CAUCACCAGUCAGAGAUUCGCUGCACCGUACAUCAUCAAGCUCUCUCUUUGCCAUCUGGACCUCGCCCUUUUCAAUCGCGCCUAGAUUCGAUUGACCUGGCUAGUCACCACUAUCAAAAGAGACGGAUCUUCCACACCACGUCAUUCCCGUCUACGCCGCAGCGCAAGGCUACUGCCGAGUUGCUGCUCGUAUCGCCCAUGACCGUCAGCGGCCCAGCCGUCUCCUCUUCGAGAAAGCGCCGAAUCACGCCGACAGCCGAAACAAUAUCCCCGAAGAAAAUCGCAGUCAUCACCAGUCCUGGCGUCGUAAGCCCUCUGAUCAACAGUAUCGACCCGUCAAACUUUCCGAAUUCACCCGGAUUCCUUCAUCUGGUCGAGCUGGCUCAUAAGUUAGGUGGGGGAGUAAGCGAACGCCACUGAUCCAGAACAUUCUAGAUAAGCGAGGAACACAACCAACCCUCUUAUAUAAAAAGCCCAUAACUCAACCAAUUCUUUUCCAAUUCUCUUCAUCUUCAAUUCGUUUUAUUCUUCUCUUGACAAUGGUUUCAUAUACAGAAGAAGACCUCCGCAAGGCUUGCGAGGAAGCCGUCAGAACACAUC